AUGGUUUUGUGGUACGCAAAAGUCUUCAUGGCUUCGGGUUACAGACUUGCCAGUUCAUGCGAAGCUGCAAUGGUUGAUGAUAUUGAGAAAGGUCCCUCCAGAAGGAUGAUCCUUCGGCAUCACCUACGAAAGAACUGGCUGAGAUACGUUACCGGCUUGUUAUUCUGCUUAUGCAUCGGCGAACUCAUCUAUAUCCACUACCUUAGCAAAGAUCGAAUUCGUGUAUCUAACGACCCAUACGACAUCCGCUUCAGCGGCCUCACAUAUAAAAGCCCUGAACUUUGGGACGAUGCCCACCAAUCCUUCCUCCGCAAUGCCGACCCCGUCCCGAUUCACUCCCAUAACGACUACGAGCGUCACAUUCCUCUCUUUGAUGCUCUCGGUUCGGGAUGCAUCAGUGUCGAAGCAGACGUUCACCUAAGAAGGUCAAGCCUGCUCGUUGGUCACUCAAGAUUGGGUCUGAGCAGUAAGAAAACACUCGAGUCAUUGUAUCUAGAGCCUCUACAACGCAUGAUCAAGGCUCAGAAUCAGGGACUCACUGGUCAAUGGAGGGGAUUGUUCGACAAAGCUCCAAAGCAAACGUUGACUCUACUGAUUGACUUCAAGUCUUCUGGAACAAAGACAUUUGCUGAGCUGGAUCGCCAUUUACAGCCUUUACGAGAUCUAGACUAUCUCACGUAUUGGAAUGGCACAGCAAAGAUUACACGUCCGCUUACUAUUGUAGUAACUGGAAAUGCGCCAUUCGAAUCCGUCCUAGACAUGAACUCAACACACAGAGAUAUCUUCUGGGACGCCAAACUCGAACGUUUGGUAUCAAUAGAAGAUAAUUUCGAGACCAAGCGUCCAACGUAUCGCUUCAAUCAGUCCAACUCAUACUUUGCGUCCACGAGGUUCCGAAACGCCAAACUGUUUAGGUCUGACUAUGAGAACUCCCUCGAUGUUUUGCCCAGAAGAGAGAGAGAUAUGACAUCGACGCAGAUCGAGCAGGCGGAAUCUCGAGGAUUACUGGCUCGGUACUGGGAUACACCUUCUGAGCCGCCAAAUGUGAGGGAUAUUGCUUGGCGUGUGCUUAUUGAUAAUGAGAUAGGUCUGUUGAACAUGGACGACUUGGGCAUCGUGAGGCAGAGAGCCAAAGGUUGGGGAAGGUUAAGAAAUGAGGAUUUGUGA